AUUUACGUCAACCCUUGAGUCUAUCAAUGUCACUCACAUCACCGGGUAGUACAAAUUUUAUGGUUCCCAUUUAUAAACACCUUUUGUGUUGUAAAAAAUCGUAACUUAACUUCUGCGCUUUCUCUCCCUUAUUCUCUUCAUCUACAUGCUCUUACCAUGGCUGUGGAUCACCAAGAACCAAAUCAACACCAACCCUCGAUGUUUCCGUGGCAGCUCCGGCGGAGGGUCCCACUGCUCCGGCGGAGGAAGGUGCAGACGGUGCGGCUAGGCGGGAAGAAGCCACGGCGGCGAAUUUCGGGGAUACUUAGGAUGUUUCGGAGGAUGCGUUUAAGGUGGCUAAAGUUGCAAUAUGUUCGCAUGCUGAAGAGGCUUAAGGAACAGUACCGAAACAUCGUUAAGGAUCUGGUCGAAGCUGGGUCCACCAUUGAAACCUUUCAGCAACGUCUUUUCAUGGAAAGCACUUUUGCAAUCCCCGUUGGGGUUAACUUGUCUACCUACCCUUCUCGCUUUGGAUCAGAUCAUCGCCCCAGAACCAUCUUCAUGUAAAUUAACUUUUUUUUUUUCUUUUUUCUCGCUAUGUUCUUUUAUAUAUGUAAUUAUAUUGGAAGAUAAAGUAUAAGGAGACUCAACCCAAGUUCCUUAUAUCCUUCCAUUUGUUUUACUCUAUGAAAAUUUUAUUUUUUUCUUCCCCUCUCCCUCUUUUAUUGAUGGUUUGGUUUUUGACGAACUUGUAAUUAAUGGGGUUAUUUACAGGGAAACGAAAAUUAUUAGGUUGCGUCUUUAUGUAAUUAAGUUGAAGUCGUUUAUAUAGAAACACUAGCCAACUAAUUAUAAUUUGUCA